GAAGAAGAAGAAGAAGAAGAAGAAGAAGAAGAAGAAGAAGAAGAAGAAGAAGAAGAAGAAGAAGAAGAAGAAGAAGAAGAAGAAGAAGAAGAAGAGCAAGAAGCCAUGCCUGCCUUACCCGAAUUCACACAAGAUCCCAUUCCGUACCCUGGCUGCUGUCUUGCGUUGAGCAAGUCCCUACUCACAUAUAUCCACAGCAUCCUACCUACAUCUCCUUCUCUCAUCCUUUCGAUAGGUAGUGGUUACGGCCUUCUCGAAGCUGCCCUCCUGCAAGCGCCCUACACACUCAACGUAGUUGGAGUCGAAGUCCAACCUAGCCCAAAUAAAUUUCUACCGUCACUCCACCAUCGCUGUGUGCCAGGGAGUCGAUUUCAUGAACAGCUUGCCGGGCAGGCCAGCGCAUGGCUCUUCGUGUAUCCGAGACGCAUUGGCCUUGUGCAAGAAUAUUUGGCUCUGCAUGGCAAAAGUCACUCAUUGAAGAUGGUUGUGUGGAUGGGCCCUCGGGCGGAUUGGGAGGACUACAAAGGCUGUUUUGGAGAUGACUGGAAUGUAUGCAUUAAGGCUGCUGACGAGGCGGGUGGGCGAGCAUGGGAAUUGAUCGCUAUUGCGAAGAAGUCCCAGAAAGCAUCAUAGACACUCCAUGAACCUAGGAGAUUUAGAGUGCAAAGUAGCCCUCUGCAACUACAGCGCAUUACGGUAGGCUCUCAACCUUUCCAACCAAGAAAUCCUCUUCAUUCCCAUUUCUUUAUCUGUCGAAUUUAAAGGAUUUAGCUUUAAUUUUUCUUACAAUUUUCUUUGAACGCGUG